AGUGGACUUGAGCUAAACUUCAAAUCCAUCCCACUAUCGGGGACUUGUGCUAAACUUCAAAUCUAUCCAGCUAUCGGUGCUGUGGUCAACCUACGUGCUCAAUCGGGACUUUGACAACCAAAUGAAGGACAGAAAACAUUAAAAGAGGCAGGAGGCGGGAGGAUGUCGGUGGAGGUGGACGUGUUGCUGCAGGAGGCCAAGGAGAGCAUCGAGGCAGCUCAGAACUAUCGCAGUGAGCUCCAGCAGCGCCUGCAUGGCCUCAACCAGGCCUGCAAACAGGUGCGUGGCAGCUCGGGUCAGGCCCGCGAGGCCCUCCGAAGGCACUUUGCAGAACUGCAGGCAGCGGCAACCCGUCUGCUGUCGGAGCGACUGAGCGCCCUGCUCUCCGAGGUGGAUGCCAUCGAGGCGGACAGCGUCAAGCCCCUGGACGACUGCCAGAGCCUCAUCGAGCACGGCGUGGGCCAGGCGGACGAGCUGCUCCGAGAGGGGGAGGCUGCGCUGCGCUGCGGUCUCGGGGAGAAAGAAGACAAACUGGGAAGCUUCACAAAGAAGGCCAUGCACAUCCAGUUGGACAGUCUCCCUGAGGUUCCGGCUCUGGUGGACGUUCCGUGUGUUUCCGCCCAGCUGGAUGACUCCCUGCUGGGCCUCCUGAGGGAGCGUGUGUCCCGCCAUGGCUCUGUGGCCUCCCACCCGCCCGUGCAGAUCGAGGAGCUGCAGGAGAGGCCGGGCAGCAUCCUGGUGCGCUGGUGCAAGGUGGAUGAGGACUUUGCUGCCGCUGACUAUCGGCUGCAGUACCGCCGAGCCGGCAGCGGUGGGGGCCAGUACGAGGACGCCUACAUCGGUCGGGAUUGUGACUUCCUGGUUCUCCACCUGGACGCACACACAGACUACUUGUUCAGGGUGUGCGCCCGCGGGGAGGGUCGCACCGAAUGGAGCCCCUGGAGCAUCCCGCAGACUGGAUACACAACCCUGGCGCCACACGAGUGGUGUCCCGGCAGUGAGGGCUACAUCCUGAGCAGCAGGAGGAACAUCGCCUUAAGGAAUGACUCCUUCCAAUCCGGCUGCCCCGUCCUCUACUCCAACGCACCCACCUACUUCUGUGGCCUCACCCUCACCUUCAAAAUUACUGCAGCAGGUCAGCCGGAUCGCAGGGACAGUCUGGGCGUGUGCGUGCAUGGAGGAAAAGGAGGAGGAGGAGGCAAACGGUCGCUUCAGAGAGACCAGGCUGUCUGCAUCUCCACCAACGGCGCUGUCUUCGUGAACGGCAAAGAGAUGACCAAUCAGCUUCCCGCCAUCAGCCUGGGCUCGGCCGUCACCUUCGACAUGGAAGUGGUGGGCGUGUUCCCAGUCAACAACAACAACGUGAGCGAGGGCGGGGGCUUCAAGCUGAGAGUGACCAUCGGCUCAGGAAACAGGGAGGUUGUGUUUGAUUGGCUGCUGGAGCAGGCGGUGGACGGCCUCUUCUUCGGGUGCGCCUUCGUCCACACAGGAUGGAAAGUGCUGGUCUUUUAACGGAGCUGCAUCCUUUUUGUCUUUGUACUUUUUAACAACCUGAUGCCACAAACUUCAAAUGUUAAUGAAGGGUAAAAGGUGCUCCUUCGUUUCCUCUGCGGCCCCUCCACCCCACGUGACAUCUCCCUCCUCCUCCGUUUUUUUUUUGACUGAUGCUUGUUAGCUGAUUUGAACUAAUUCACUGACCUUCCUUCAAUGUUGUCUCUACCCGUUUCCAGUUUGGAGGGCCGCGGGAGGACACAAGGGUGACAAACUCGUGAAUGACAAUCACUUAUAGCUUUUAAAGGAUUUUUACGUGAAGCAGGAAAACCUCACAAACCUGCUGGACAUUCAUGUUUUUUAACCCCCCCACUACCACCACCAUGACCAGGAACACUGUGAAAGACGCUUCCUUUUUGUCCUCCUCACUCACAUCCUUUAGUAGACCAUCCGCAGUUCCUCCGCCAUCCUUCAAAGCACCUCCGUCAGACGUCAGACCUCGUUCAGACAUGUAACACCAACUAGGAUCAGUUUCCUGGUCAUGUUUCCACUAAGUGCUCCAACAGAGUGGAAGCUGCCAACGAAUUCAGCAAAGAGGAGGAAGGCACCACAGUAAGCAAAGACAACAAUGGAGGACAUGUUGGUCUUCCAGUUGGGGAAGUGUCUGUCCAUCAAUCAACACACUGCUCUGUUACCCCUUUUCCACUGCGGCCAACCUUGGUGCUGUUGCAGAUGUAGUUCAAAGCUGGAGUUGAACCAGCGUUGGACGUGAACGGGCUCUACACCAGAUUCAUUUCACAUCGUCCUGGGGAGCCGUGUCAUUGCGUCAUAAGGGUUAUGCCUCCGAUCAGGAAAUAACAAAAGGGAGAUCAGCGUGAGUAACACAAUUUAAAUAACGUCAAACGUCCAAUCACUUGCCUGGGCCGUGUAUUUCGAUGCUUACUCACCUUCCAUCAGAAUUUGACAAACCACCAUCAACAAUUUAAAAAUACUUACUUUUGAGUAAUAUUCAAGUAAAGAAUAACUGUUUAUGAGAGACUACAGUAUUGGCUCUUGAAUGCUACCAUAAAGCAGUGACCAAACAUAGCUCGGUCAUGGAGAUGAAACACUUCCAAAGUAAAAUACAAUACGCAAUUGUGUGCUAGAAAUAGCCGUAAAAAACAUCAUCUAAAUGUAAUAUUAGUGUGGAUUGAAAGAAUAAACCGAGAUAGGGAUUUAUGUUUAUAUUUGUGUGUGUGUGUGGGGUGGGGGGGGGGAACACUCCUUCAUAAAAGAUGGCGAUUUAAUAUUAAGAAAUGUGCCAACCAAGAACCAGAGUUGGCCGCCGAAGACCAGGUUGCCCGGGUGCCCGCCCUCCGGCAUGUGUCAACCUCCAUCCCUUUACGUACGCCACCCCUGUCAUUGGUACCGCAAAAUCCUGUAACCAUGGUGACCAUCCCUGCUCUGAGUAUGCAGACUUUUAAAGUCCUCCGUGAAUGCAGAGUAUUUAUCCUCAGUCCAACAGCAGGCUUCAGUCCUGCAGGACGGUGAAAAGGUCCACUUGACGGUACAGAGUUCUCCGCCGCCGACAACCUCACUGUGUGGUCUUUACUGUCUUAAUGUUAAUGUCUGUCAAAUGUUAGUGUUAUUGUUGGGCCAUGUUGCCAACAUGGAGGUUUUAUGCAACAGGAAGUUGACUUGAUUCACCAACCAAGGCUACUUCAUGAGCUAACGUUAACUGAAACGAGUCUUCCGCUUUAUUUUGUGGCCGUCACCAUGGAAACAAUAUACUAUGAUGAAUUUUUCUAAAGGCUGCGUGUCACUGAGCUCUCUAGAAACAGGUCUGUCUGUAUAAAUAAUAAAAUUGACAAGGUCGUCUUUGCCUUACAAACUAGUACAUUUUCACAACCACCCGAAAAUUUUAUUGGGAGAAAAGUCAUAGUUGUUCUUGAACCAACAAUGGAUGUAUUUAUAAUAAGAUGAAGAAUUUUACAGUUGUAAUCUGUGCUAUGUGACCGUCUGUAUUGCUUGCUAAUGUCAAAAGGCAACAAGGGCAUGUUGUGUAUAAUCUCAGAUGCAAUUGUUCGCCAGUGUGUGGUGAAACAAAGACACAUUUUGGCUUAGUUUGCUUAAAAGCCACCAUCUUUAAAAGGUAACAAAUGUGCUCAUUUUAAUAGAAAACCACUUGAAGUUUACACGCUGGUUUAACAGUUUUCUUCACAUUGCUGCUGUCAACUUGUGCAAAAAUCCUGCUGGUCUUAUGUGAAGGAACAGAUGAACUUUCAUCAAAUCAAAAAAAAAAGUGCUCAGCACACACUUCUGGGUUCUGAACACCCGAGGUGAAGCCUUUCAAAGAGUCCAACUGAUCAGUUCUGAUUCGUACUCCAUUGGCCCUCAGUGGUCACGUGCACAUGACGACAUAAACCGAGGAACCAAAGCAAGCUGUCAACGUACAGAAGUAUCCUGGCAAGGUUCACAAUUCCACACAGCUAAAUUCCAAAGCUAACUCAACCACGCUUACUUACAAUAUGAAAGGAAAGACUAAAAGGUAAAUGGUGACCGGGCCACAGAGUGAGUGGAUGUACUCUCUGGACUUUUAUGCGAGUUUGAGAGGGUGGCACAUCAAGGCCUUGAGAUCAAUCACAAAGUAACGCCACCCUAGGUCACGCCUGCUUUGUCCUGUUUUUCAUGUCAAGGUGAAAUUAAAUGAUUAGAAACUAGUGAUUACUUGACACUUCUAUUUAAAAGCACCUUUUUGUUUUCACGCAGCGAGGUUGCCCCCUGCUGGCCUCUGGAAAUAAUGCAACUUUGAAAAGGCACUUCUGCAUUGGCUAAACUCCUACCAGGAAGGUACAUCCGCUUCUUUCAUUUACUUUGCGAAUUAAUUGACUUCCUUCUGGCUGAAAAUAUCCCACAAGUCGGGAGUGUUGAUUGUAUGAUGAAAGAGUGGACUUCAAUGCGUUCCCAUGUCAAUAAAAUAAGAUCGAAGGCAGCACCGGCUCAGAACUUGGUGAUCCAAAGAAGAACGCUGCUCACAUUUUGCAGUUCAGUAGAUAUAAAAAAAAACAAUCAUUCCAGAGCUAGCAAAAGAAGAAAACCGAGCACCACUGGAGAGGUUCUGUCCCAAUGUGCUGAUGAGUCCUGACAAGAAGACGACCUCUGAGGAACGGUUCAAAGAUAACAAAUAGGAAAACAUGAUGUUCUGGUGUCUUUAAGCCCAAAAUAUCCCAAGUCCAGUUUGGUGCUCUGUGAUGCUUUCUGGUGGACCCGCUGUCGUUGGUCAGUUUCAUGCAGAGUUCUGAUGCUUGCUGCUUUCCUGACACCUACUGACGGCUUUACACUGAGAGGACUCAUGAUCCGGGUCCAGCUCAGGCUGGGACUCCACCGCUGUUUCCCAGUCCUCCUCUUCCUCAUCCUCUUCCUCACCAUCAUGGUUCUCCACAUUGUGGCUCUGGGAGGCCUGGUUCUGCAGGAGGCGUAAUCGGGCCAUGGCGCGGUCGAUGGUGAGCGUGGUGACCAGGUUGAAGUCGUGCAUGCUGAUCAGGUGCAGGAGGAAGUUGCGACACAGGUUGCGCUUUAUGAUGUGGGCGCUGUGCAGCUCGGUGAAGAGCAAGCAGGCCUCGUUCAUCUGGUGGUCCGCGAUGAAGCUGCCGGCCAAUCAAAACACCACGUUGUGACCGUGCUCAGGAGACCCCCGUCAAGUGACGCGCAAAGCAGCAGUAUACUAACCCGUGUUUCAUGACGUGAAGGUUCCACAGCUUCAUGAUCUCCUUUUCGCCCUCGUUCACGUCGGUGAAAUCCUCAAUUUGCUGGAAGCACACAUGUCAGACCAACUAAGUGGAGAAAGUGUGGACUAAGGAGCAGCAUGAUUAAUCACAAUUGUUGAAGUUAUGCCACACUAGUGGCAAUGUCUAAAAAUGGAAGCAAUAGCUGGUAAUACCCAGCAGAGGGCGCAAUUACUCCACCAACAACUCUGCCUUGGAAGAUGUAACAUGAAGACAGGAAAGUCUGCAGUAAGACUAUUUCCAGCUAAAAGACGUUUAUGUGACAGGAGACACUAACUGACCUUGGCAGUCUUCUCUUUGAGCCAGUCCGGGUCUCGCUCGUCUUCGCUGUCCACUUCCAUCUCCUGAGGCCGCAGCGGCACGCAGCUGUCACUGUGGAAGUACAGGCGGUUGUGUCCGCUGAUGUAUGUCCUCUGCUGCUCUCGGUCGCCAUCCUCAGACUCCAGGAACUCGGACAGACUCAGCUUGGUCCGCUUGGGUCUGGAUUGAUGCGAGGAGAGUGGGUUAGCGCCACGUACACGCCACGAGGAGAGGAGUUGUGAAUGGGCUACCUGCAGACCAGCACGUGAGAGACCGCCGUCCUUUUGACGGGCCCGUUCCUGCUGAAGGCGAAGCCCGGCUGGUUGUGGACGUCUUGAGGGUUCCCGGAGUACGAACCAUCGUAACACUCGUUGAUGGACACCUCGAUCUUUGCUCCUUUAGGGUGAGGCUGACAAAACAACGACGAGUCAGCCACAGGGGGUCACAUGACGACGUCGUUCCAAGGUGUGGUCUUACUGACCACGUAGUUGAAGAUGAAGCGCGAGUGGGACAGCUUGAGGUGUUUGAGCAGACUAUAGAGCUUCCUGCAGUUGAGCGUGCACCAAGGACAGUGAAGGUCGUCUCUGGCCUCCGUCUGCUGACGAGUAUUGUUGUUGUACUGGAACUGCAACAUACAAAACAUGUAGGGCGAUGCAGUUUCACUCUAGUCCUGUAGGUGGCAGUAAUGACCCAAAUGGCACACUGAUCCUAUUCAAUAAUGCCAACAUGAUAUGUGUUGGUGGAGGUAAUUCAGCUCUUCUGUCAGAAAGUCCAACCUGGUAGAAGAUCCUCAGUUUCUGUGGUGGUUCUGCUGCAAUGUGGUCUCUCCUGGUUUGGACUUUGUCACUGUUGACGGAUUCCUUCACAGCUGCAUGCAAACACAUCCCGUCAGUCCAGCUCAUCCCUCUCCUUUUUAUGUCCUUACACCGACCACACCCACCUCGCUCACCGGGGGCGUGCGCGGCCCGCAGCGUGCCGGGCCUGCUCUCGUUGUUGGCGUCAGAGUUCCGGGUGGCCAGAGGUUUGGCGACGGGAGCGGUGGAGCGCUCGGAGGCGUCGCUGGUCCAGCGCAGGGUGAAGUGCAGCGUGGGGCCCUGGGAGAAGGUCUCUAAUGGGGGCAGGUGCUGAAAGAACACUUCUGUUAGCGCUGAGCUCGUCUUAGCACAACUCGCACCAUCGCACCUUUCCGUCUAGGAUGGUCUCCCAGGUGGCCCUCUUGUUGUUGACGGGACACUCCUCCAUCUCUUGCAUGGACACCUCAUACUCGCCGUCCAGCAGCUGCAGACGUCUGCACCGGAGAACAUCUGUCUCACUUUCUUACUGAGCUUAGAACACUUUAUUUGUACCUUUUGUGUCUGCAUCACCUGUUUUUAUCAAAGACAGUCAUCUGAGCCACUAGCGUGCUUUCUCCAUCCUCCCUCAGAGGGGAGCUCCGCCUCUUCCUGUCCAUGUCCUCAGUCAAGUCUGGAUAGGGACAUGUCAAAUUCAUUAGUGAUGAGCCGCCAAAAAUAAAUGAAUGUACAAGAAACACUGGUUUC